GCACAAGCACAGGAAUGUUUGCUAGAGAAAAGUCUAAUAGAUCAUCGCAAGGAUACGGUGAUUGCAAAACUGGCUGUAUAUUUGAGAGAUGUAUAUAAGCAGUGCCGCGAACAUCUUGAUGCUUCCGGCAUGAGUGACAUUGUAUCCGUUUCCCGAUACAAGGAAUGGUUGCGAACAUGUGAUUUGAAGUGUGAAGUAUACGGCGCACUGGCAAUGCUUCACCUUGGCUGCCAUGCUGACGUCGAAAAGAAGAUGGGCGCGAGGUUUGAUAAGUUUUUCUCAAAUCGCACUGUUCUCAUUCGUUCUGUGUAA